AUGACUGCUCACGAUCCAUCAGAGGCAAAAGUACCAUCUCGCUACGUCUCGCCAAGGACCAAACCGUCAUCAAGCAAAGCGCCGGCCCCACCUCGACGAAAGUCUGGAGAAACCCAGAACAUUUUGAUCGUUGAGACACCAUUGGAGAUCCACGCCGAACCAGCGGUGGAGAUCCCCGCGGCAGCGGAGUCUGAAAUUGCCGAGUGCAUCCAGGAGGCAGGCAUACCGUCUUCGGGAUCUACCGCAAGGCUCUUAUCCAAUGCAGAGCGGAUCGACAUACUGGCUGAUUUGAAAGUGCAAUGGGAACGAUUAUCGGAUGCGUACCGUCGGCUGCCCAUUGCAAGUGACACACCAUCGCGGAUGAGGAGGAAAGGAGACCUCGAAGCACAAUUACAAGUCUUGGAGAAAGAGAUGGAGCGCUUUGCUAGCUCGAAUGUGAUGGUCGCUUAG